UAUUAUUACUAGCCAGUUGUAACGAUAUUACAUGCGAGUCACAUAGAAUAUAAAGUAAUUCGUAUGUACGCGCCUUAAGCACAUACAACGUUUCAAAAUAAAGGGCAAACGCUUAACUCUAGGUGUCACGUCGGUCAAGAUCACCUAUCCGGUGAAAUAAGUGUAACUCUCUCUCUCUGCGAGCCGGGGUCGAAGCGAACGGUCGAUAUAAAGUCUAGUCCUGUCAUAUUCACAUUCUUAUAAUUUCGUUAACAUUUGGGAAAACAAAACAAGUAAAAAAAAAAAAAUUUGAGACGACGAUUCAUACAAGAAGUGUAACCCAACGGAAUCCCAAUCUUUCGGAGCCUGUGAGCCUAAAGAACAAAUCCAAAUAUCUGAUCGACGAACGACCACGCAGUAUAAUCGGUGAAGACCGAUUCUAUAAAAGGAAUAUCCAAGAACUUCAACAUCCAUGAUCAUCUACGGAGCCGUUAGGCCACCUCUCUUCAUCAGAGAUAUUCCGAGCUAAGUCAUCGUUUCAUUACUGAUUUGUAGGUGGAUUGUGCCACAAAUCUGUAAUAGCCUUCUUAAGUCAGUAUUUUAUAUCUUCGUCUGUUAACUUUAUUGUAAUCUCACCAUAAUUUAGAGUCCUUUGUCAGUAGAUUCAUUCUUUCACUAGAAUCAUUUUUAAAUUUGAAGCAUAAAGGAAAAGAGAGCCAGUCUUUCGUUAAUAUGGUACAAAAAUUUUACCAGAAUAAUUAUAUACAAAACGUCGGUAAUCGCAUUGAGUAAUUUUAACGUGUGAAUGAAAGAGUGAAUGAGAUUUUCUAUGAUUGCCUGUUCUUUUAAAAGGUUAUACCAAAACUCAAUAAAUCUGUGUUCUACAUUGUUUCCUCCUGAUUUAAUGUAUUUUGUUUAUUGAAUAUAUCUAGAUUUCUAAUAUAACAUAAAAUCAAAACGUAUCGGUUGAACCUCAAAAAAAAAAAACCGUUACAAAAUGGCGCCCGAACAUAAAGUUUAGACAUAAAGAAAGUAAACAUAGGAUUAAAUUUGAAACUUCGUCGUUGAAUGUUUGUAUGAUUGACCUUAGGUAGUAAUUGUAAGAAACAUAUAUUACGCGAUAAAUAGAAAUAUAAGAAUUUCAAAAGUACAUGGCACCAACGAUUAAAAGAACACCUGUUAAAACUAGGUCAAGGAUCACAAAUAAACCAAGGAGGUCAGAACCUGACAUAUCAAAAGCAGGCAAUAGUCAAAUACGAAAUAAUACAGGCGAGAUGGAGGGAGAACUGGAGCGUUUGAAGGAGGAAAUGGCGAGUUUCGCGGGUUUACGAAAUACGAUUGAACAGCUACAGGCACAACAAGCAACUAACGCACAGCUGGCAAACGAAGUCGCAUUGUUGAAGCUCCAGAACGAACAACAAAGACAGGCUCUUCAACAGAUACAGAAUCCAGUUCAACAACCAGUUACCAAUAACGAUCAAAUAUCGGUGAGUGAGUUAAUAGUAAGUUUGCAACGAAGUCACAUUGAUGCCAAAGCUCCCGAGUUUACAGAUGAAGAAGUUAUAAAUCCUAUUGAAUAUUUGGAAAAUUUGGAAAAUUAUUUCAGGUUAAAAUGUGUGAAGGAAGAGUGUAAAUUGUCGAUAGUCGAAAGUAAAUUAUCAGGUAGAGCAAAAAUAUGGUGGGAAGCGAGUAAAGAAACUAUCAACACGUAUAAUGAUUUUAAAGAAGCCUUUAAAAAUAAAUUUUAUUCCAUUCCAAUCCAAGUUAAAGUCAAAACAAAGUGGAGUUCAAGAAGGUAUAAUCAACAGGAUGGUUCACUUCAAACAUAUUUUUUUAAACAGCUUAAGGAAGCAAAAUACCUAUUACCGAAACUAGACCAGUUCGAAAUAAACUAUACCAUUAUCCAACAAUUACCAUAUAAAAUUCGUGAUACUCUAGCAACUGUGAAUAUGGCGGAUACAAAAAUAAUAGAACAAGCUUUAUCGCAAUUAGAUGUAAAUUAUGAAGAAAGAAACAAUAAUAAACACAAAUAUCAAAAUCAAAGUAACAACAAUCAAGUGAAUAAUGUAAACAACAUGCAAAUUCAACAUAAACAACAGCAACAGAUAAAUAAUACAAGUAGGCAACAAAAUUAUCCAAAUGCUGCAAACAACUUUUAUCAAAAUCCUCAAUUUGGUACAAACUUAUCACCAUGGCAAUAUCAACCGCAAGUUCAAGCAUCAACAAGCAACCAAAUGAAUUUACCAAACGUCAAUUAUCCACCACCUUAUUUCUCAGGAACCAAUAAUCAGAUACAGUCAUUACAAACUCAAAUGCAAACUAACACCAAUAAUUUACAAACCAGUCCAAAUAGAAAUUUAAACUAAUAAACAGCUCGAUGUGUAUAAGUCCGACAUCGAGUUGGGAUUAUGCAAAUUUAGUUGAGGACUUAAUGCACGAAAUUGGUAAUGCUGAAGAAAAAAUUGAAAGAGUAAAACAAAACUUAUC